AUGUAUGCCACUGUUCCGCGGAUUAAGGAGGAAUUUAAGGAACAGCUUUCGAUUGUAAUAAAACAACUCGGAAAACCGGAAAAAGACCAAAAGUCAGAAGUAGAUAUCAGUUCACCAGAGGACAUUCGUGAUAAGUUUGACGAAGUGUAUUUUGAAGUGAUGAUUGCGGCAGAUGAGCAUAUACCAGUUUUACUUCAACAUCCGAAUGCCGACGAAACUUUUAUCAGUACAUCUCAAAACCGAGAUAGACGCGAUGUGAUACCACUGGAAAAGCUAUCAAUACCGAGGUUUGGAGGAGAUCCGAUACAAUAUAUCAGUUUUAGAAAUUUGUUUGACAUUGCGGUACACAACAAUACUAACCUGCCACCUGUUCUUAAGUUCAGCUAUUUAAAAAGUUACCUGGAAGGCGAGCCGUUAGCGCUUAUAUCCAAUUUGAUGCUAAGUGACGAUAACUACACUAUAGCGCUAACAAUUUUGGACAAACGCUAUGCAAACCGUCGGAUAAUUGCAAAGAGUCACUUGAACCAACUUUGGACGAUGCCAAAAGCAAUGUUUUGGUGA